GACAGGCGUGGGGCCAUGGCUGCUGUCGCCACCACCCCCACCAACACCGCCACCACUUCGAGCAUCACUGCCGCUCAGCCGCCUUCCACCAUCCCUCCCGCCAACCACACAUGUGAGCUGCGGGUGGCGUGUGGGUCGGCAGAGGAGGCACUCAUUCUGCGCAACACACUGGCAGUCGACGCCGAGCUGCAACCAGACAAGCUCGUGCGGGUGAUCACAGCCCACGACACCCACCUCUCCGUCUCCUUCUCAUGCCCCGAUGCCCGUCUGCUCCGUGCGGCCUUCAACGCCUUCAUGGACUCGCUCAUCCUCGCUGCUCGCACCAUCGAAGCCUUUGGCCCGCCGCCUCCCAUGCAACAACCAUGCCUGCAAUGA